UUUGUCCCGUCCGCGCCGCCACUCCCUCGGGAUCUGCUAGUGCCCAAUGGCCUCCCGAUCUAGUCAACGAGAGCCCCACCCCACCACCGUAGCCUGACUCCCGUGCGCACUCGUCCCCUACCACCUGUGUCCUGGACAAAUCCGACGACCACAGCCCCACGUACGUCCCCGAGCACCUCGUCGUCACGUCGGAGCGCGCCACCGGCGACCAGCGCGCCUCUGUGUGCGUGGGCCUCCCGUGUUUCUUCUCCAGGCGAACGCCUCGGCCUCUCCACCUCCACCACCAGCACGCUGACGGUGUGCCUUGCACAACAGCCGCGCCAGGGCCUCUUGCAGCCCGAGCCGCCAUGGUCGAACGGGCCCGAGCUCGGCCUUCCUCGCCCUCGCCCUCGAGCGCCACCCCUGGCCAGCCUCGACCAGGCCCCCUCCUCCUCCUGGCUUCCUGUGGUGCCCGCGCCUCCAGGCAUCUCCAGCAACGCCCCGCCGCCGCCGCCGACCUCUCGCAGAGAAGAACCAUGGUCGCCUCCCCAAGAAGCUCCCCGUCGGCCGACCUUGCGGUGCCAGACGCUGCCGUCAGCGGGAAUGGAACCGCGACGCCAAGACCCUCCGGAUCCGACUCGAGCUCACCUCCAUGCCCAUCCAAGUCGCCACAGUGGUGCUCCCCUGUUCUUGCCUCUGUUCGUCAGAGAAACGGGAGAGCCAGCGCCCGCCUCUGCUUCGAGCGAGAAGGAGGCCGCCCGCGUUGACCUGUCGCGCCUCCUGCACUGGAGCACGCCGCCGCCCUCGCCUGGACCUGCGUCCGCCGGCGACCUAGCCUGCCUACCCCGCCAUGGCGUCUCCUUUCCCUGUUGUGAGAAGUUCCUCCCG